GGCAAGUGGGAAGAGGAGCUGGGUGCACGGACACAAAGGCCACAAAUGCACAAAGACGCAAAGUGUGUUUAGGAGUUGGAAUUAUCUCUUUCUGCCGGCCGAGGAGGACUGAUGUACAUUAUCUUCAGAUUCUGAUUAUUCCAAGAUGCCACUUGCGCCCAGGUCUUCUGCAAGCAGCGCCAAGAUGCAGACUAAACGGAGUGCUUGGACUCCUCUGAACAACCCCCUGGCAAACAGCAAGGUGUUUGAAGAGAGACGGAGCCUUCUGGCAAAGUGGUUUGACAGGUGGUCUGACAGUCAGAGGAGGGCGGUGCUGCAGGACUUUGUGCUGAGCUGUUCGGUGGAUCAGCUCAGGUUCCUGAGGCUCAGUGUGAGCAGACAGCUCCCCCUGCAGGCCGCAGACUUCGCCUGCCUCCUGCCCAGAGCCCUGUGCCUCUACCUCUUCUCCUUCCUGGACCCACGCAGCCUCUGUCGAUGUGCCCAGGUCAGCUGGCACUGGAAGAGCAUAGUGGAGCUGGACCAGCUGUGGAUGCCAAAGUGUCUGAGGCUCAGCUGGUGCAUCAGGUUCUCCCCUACACCGUUUGAGCAGGGCGUCUGGAAGAGACACUACAUCCAGACUGUCCAGGAACUACGACUCAGCCAAGUUCAGGUCAGGAGCUCAGAGACAGUGAGCUCAUCUUUUAUUGGGUUGUUUUCGUGCUCUAAGAUACAGUACUCAGGCGUUGUCUGUCUGCAGACUGCUUCCUUUUACCAGCAGCAGUCGGCGGUUCCAGAUGGUUCAGCAAUCUGUAUUAGGCAUGAAGAGCCAUCAGAAGCAGUCCUGACCAGGGAGGAGGGUCCUGCGUUCACCACCCAGCCACUCAGCAGCGGUUCUGGCAAAGGACUGAAGAAGGAGAAGCAAGCAGCAGCGCCGCCACCAUGGAGAGACUCUGACAGACAUCCUAAAGAUACACUACGCUUCAACUACCUGGACAACCUGGACCCCAUUGAACGGACACUGAGAGAGCAGGCAAAUAGCAGAGCCCCCGCCUCCCGCAGUCACCCAUCGCAGCCAGACGACGCGAAGAGGAGGACGCUGUCUGAGAUGAAUUACAAGCUGCGCAAGGCCAAAUCGCUGAUGUUCCUCAGCUCCAACUGCAGACCCCACCCGUCCCUUCCUCCUCCUCCUCUCCAUCAUCAUCAUGAUCAUCAUCACACUGGUUCAUCGUGGGCGUCUCACGGUCAGGACCACCCCUUCACCAAGGAGACAGCAAAGAGGCUGCUGGGCCUGCCCCGCUGGAAUGCUGGGAUCCGUCCGAGGCCGGUGAGGACGGCGGUGCCCCGGCUCAGCGUGGAGGCGCUCAGGGCGUCCCAGCGCUCACACAGGAGCACUCCCAGUACACCACUGUUUGAGGUUCAGCCCUGGACUGUCUGCAUUGAACACACAAGCGAAGAAGUGAAGAAUGUCGCCCUCAUGCGGAGGAUAGCGGAACUACAGCAAACAUCAGGGGGACCUGAUCCAAAGAUUCACCUCUAAUCUGGUGGCACUGUUCAAGAUUCUUUUUAACAUUUGGAUGCAAACUUGCAUUUUUGUAAAAAUGGAGUAAAAGUCAUUGAAACGAGAACUCAUGGACAUGAAACAAUUAAGGAGAAUACUUGAGCUAGCUUUGUUUAAAGUCAAAUGUUCUGUUGAUAACUGAUGUCUUCAUAUGGCAUUUAAAAGAACAGUGGUGCUUAUUUUUAUAGACUUUUCCAGACUUCAAGGUGUUUUAGGACAAACUGCAUGAACCUCAGCCGUGAAGGAUAAUUUUGAGCUGCUAUCGUGAAUAAGGAAUCCAAAAGACGCAGUCUGAGUAAGAAAUGUACCACCUUUAUUAUCCAAUCCACACAUCCCAUUCAGUAUACCAAAAGCAAUUUAUAUAAACAGUGAACUCCAAUAAACAAGAACUGUCAGUUUAAGACAAAAGCACAACCGAUUUCGUCUCAGUAUUCAAAACAUCUUCUUGCAUUCGAAACACAGUAGCACAUAAGAGGGGAAGCUCCGUGUACAUCAAUCAUGACGUGAUUUUUGCCUUUUAAAAACCACUUCAGUCAGAUAUGAAAUAUCACCUGUCAUACGUACACCUGGCUUCAAGUCGACAUGUAUUAUUCACUCGCUGCAUAUGAAACAUUGCAUCCAAAGUACGGCUCACACACAUGUAUGUAUAUAUUACUAAAUACAGGGGGUGGGGAACAUAAGCCACGGCCUUAUAUGGGUAACAUGUUAAUUUAAUGCUAACGACUGAAGGUUGCCAUGCUAGUCCAAUGGAUCAGGUUCAGUGUAAUGUGUUAAUGUCUUUACGUGAUUCACAGUCCUAACAUUUGUCUUCUUCUAAGUCUUUAAGGCCGUGUCGUGCUCUAUGAUGAACUACAGACAUCUCCAUACGCUCGGAGGUGAAGUUGGUGGAUGAUUGUGAGGUGUUAGAUUGUAAGAGCAGUUUGAAGAUGAAAGUUUUAGCAAAAGUAAAAUGAAUUUGUUGAGUCCUUUAAUACAGAGGCCUCUCCAGUGGUCUUCAGAGAUGAUAGUAAUAUCCAACCACGGUUUUACUUCACGUGAUUUAAAAUAUAUGUGCGUGUAUACAUACACACACAGAUUGUCCAUCCUGGUUUGGAGCUGCUGCUUGUGAAUAGAACCAAAAGGACAAUCAGGAACGUCAAUGGUGUGAUAUUAGUAGAAUGGUUUGGAAUAUUAGUAAGACAUGCUAUAGUGAAGGGGCUCGAGGCUACGAUCAGAAAUGGCCACGCGCUCAAAAUGUUGCAGUUACUCUGCUUACAGUUUGAUUUAAGGCAAAGUUUGGAGUGUUCAUUAUUUUAAACCCCAAGGCUAGGGGUUGUUCAAAUGUUCACAAGACGCCAUGAAAGUUUCAGUGAUGAAUUCAAACAAUAUCAAAAAUCAUAUAUAUAAAAAAAAAAAAUUCAUUCUGGUCACAUUUUCCCUCCAGUGGAAACUCAGGAAAUGGAUCCAAAUAUUUAGAAAAGAAAACGUUUGAGGAAAAAAAACAUGAUCUUUUUUCUAAAAAUCUUGUUCUACUAAGAAAAACAUAAUUUAUUCAUAAUUAAAAAGAUUUUUGGCCUUUCUUUUAAAGAAAGUUUAAUAGCAAGACAGAAGUCACUCGAAAGAUGGCAAAACGCACAAUGAUUCUCACGCAGACUCAAAAACAGUAUCAUUUGGUGGGGAUCUGAUUGGAUCAUUCAUUUGCAUCAUCUCUACCUCUUCUUUACAUGAGACUUUGACACACUGGAUCUUACUGGACGUGCAAAGUACGUUUUUAUGUUCACAGUGGAUUUAUUUUAACAGAUGAGUUUGAAGAGAAAUACAAGAAAAAAACUCCAGAAAUGCGCUCUGCAAUGCAUCCCCCCGACCAGUCCCUUAUCUGCUUUCAACAUUUAGCCCUUCACUGCAACAGGAACGUCCACCUUAACGCUGACUAAACACUCACUCAUUUCUAUGUCGUCAUCCUUUGAAGAUCAAGUGAAAACACAACUUGAUUGCACUUCACUUGUAACAUGUUAACUUUGUGGUUUCAACAAGAACCAGUGUCAGAAAAGAUUCAUGUUAUUUUAAUAAAAAAGUCCAUUGUCAAAUAAAGGAUUGAAAGGAUUUGUUGAAGGACAUUUUUCUGUGGCGUUCAUUUAUUCCCAAGUGCAGCUUUUGCAAAGCUCAAUUAUAAGGCUGAUAGGUGUCCAUCAUUAACAGCUGUUAACAGUAGAGGCAAUUCAUGUGACACUCUUUUUUUUUU